AUGCCUUCUCUCAAAAAGAUAGGCGAAUUAGAUCUUCACGGCCUCUGCUUCACUUCACAAUCUAGCCAUCCCUUCGCAAACAGACCUGUGCACCAACUCUCAAAUAGCCACGAGAUUCAUUGCUACGCUCUAAAAAAGCGCAAUCGCAGCAGUAUGCAGAAGAAGCAAAAGAAACAUCGCUGCACCGUGACUUCCGACCCAUUAACUAUCAGUUCCCGCUGUGUGAAUGUACCAUUUGCAGUCGAAAGCGAAAUAAAGCCAGUAAAAUUUAAAAAAUCUCCAUCCGUGUCUCGACGAAUACUUGCGUAUAGCCCUCCUAAUACUGCUGCAGCCUUUCUUAACGAAGACUUAAAGGUUACCGCUGCCAAUGCUGAGAUCGGUCCCUAUAUGAACAAUCUAAUUUCGUCUACUCCAAACUCAACCAACUUGGAAGAAUUUCUGAAGCAAGAACACAGAAAUGCUAUUAUUAUUCAGGAGCGGUAUGUCUAG